AUAUACUGCUUUGUCCUCGUUCCAACAGUGGGACAAGACAACAAUGGCGGUGACAACCCCGGAGAGCCUCGUCAGCCUCUUCAACAGCACCCGGAAGAUCCCGUUCGGGUGUCCCAUCCUCGAUAGCUUUCUCGGUGGUGGCAUUCCCUGCAACUCCGUGACGGAGCUCGUCGCUGAGAGUGGCUGCGGCAAGACCCAACUCUGUCUCCAACUCGCUCUUUCCGCUCAGCUACCCCUCAACCAGGGUCGCCUUUCCGGUUCCUCUCUCUACAUACACACCGAGUUCCCUUUCCCCUUUCGCCGCCUCCAACAACUUUGCCACGCCUCUCGUCUUGGCGGAAACUCAGAUAAUAUUUUUGUUCACGCCGCCCAUUCUGCAGAACAACUGCUCGAUGAAAUGCCUAAGAUAGAGUCGUUUCUUGUUGACUCCCAAUCCCGCUUGCCCAUUAGACUCAUCGUGAUCGAUUCAAUUGCGGCACUGUUUCGUUCCGAAUUUGAUAACACCCAUUCCGAUCUUAAGCGGAGAUCAUCUCUGUUUUUCAAGAUUUCUGGUCAAUUGAAGUCCUUGGCAAAGAGGUUUAAUGUAGCGGUUAUGGUAGCAAAUCAAGUGGUUGAUUUCAUGGGGGAAAAUGGUAGCUUAAAUGGGCUGAGGAUUGGGAACUUAGGCUCUUUGUAUUCGUCUGGAAGGCGGGUUUGUCCCGCAUUGGGGCUAGCUUGGGCAAACUGUGUGAAUUCCAGGUUGUUCUUGUCCAGGAAUGAGGAGGUUAUAGGUGCAGAUAUGAGCUCUGCAAGCACUGGUGGCAAUGGAGAUACGCUGUGUAGGUUAACAAGGAGGCGACUUUAUGUUCUUUUUGCGCCUCAUUUGCCUGAAUCCUCAAUUGAAUUUGUGAUCAGAAGAGAAGGGGUUUUUGGAGUCAACAGAUAACAAAGGGUAUAACAAUAUGUAAGUGUACAUGAAUCUAUGUGUGUGCUAGCUAGGAUGGUUGAGUUUUGUUUCAAUUUCCAUGUUUGUUUGUUCGAAUGUUUUCAUAGUACUCAUCAAGUGGUAAUUUGCUGCAAUAUUUUGUCGUAUUCAUAAUUUAUUUUGAAUCAUUGAGAACUUUGUAAUUCAAGUGUUAUUGUCUAAUAAAAUUUGCUUUUUGAACCA